AUGGCGAGGAAAUUGGCGGAAAUUCUGAGCGCGAGGGCGGAAGGUAGCGUGUACGCGGAUGCAGCUGUGAAGGCUGCUGCUUCUGCUGCUGCUGCUGCUGCCGCCGCCGCUGCUGCUGCUGGUGUUGCGGGUGGUGCUGCUGACUUGUUGCAACAUACGAACAGGUUUUCUCUCCCACCGAUUGGUGCUGAUGGGUCGUCAAAGUUUGUUGCGCCGCCCGCUGCCUCGCUUAAGGAAGCCUUGUCGCCACGUGGAUUUGAUCUCCGCUCAUUGGUCGGGAGAUACAUGAGCCACGUGGACCUCAAACAACAGCCUGACGUGGAGGUGGCGGAAGGCAUGGGAGAGGUGGGAGAGGGCGGCGGAGAUGAUAUGCUGGGCGGCGGAGAAGGGGACGACGGAGGAGCAUCCGAGGGCGGCAGUGGGGGCGGCAACAGCAACGGCAAUGGCGACGCCGACGGCGGCGACGGCAACAAAAAGAAAAUGCGGCUGUCGCAGGAUCAGAUCUCCAUGCUUGAGCAGGUCUUCCAGAAGCACCCGAAGCUGGUGGCUCGGCAGAAGGCGAGCCUGGCGGAGAGGCUCGGCGUGCGGGUGCGGCAGGUGGAGGUGUGGUUUCAGAACCGGCGGGCGCGCACCAAGGUGAAGCAGACAGAGGCGGAGCUUGAGGGGCUGAGGAGGCGCUGCCAGCAGCUGGCAGAGGAGAAUAAGCGGCUCAAGCUGCAGCUGGCUGCACAGGAGAAGGGGGGGACCGAGAGGGGGAGCGGGAAGAGGGAGAGGGAGGGGAAGAGGGGGAGAGGGGAAGGGAAGUGGGAGCAUGAGAUGGGGAUGAAUGCUGGGGGUUCAGUAAAAAAGGUCAAGGUUGAGAGUUCAAUUGAGUGGGAGGUGUGUGGCUCAUGUAGGGAAAAUGAGAAGCAAGGGGCCAAGCGAGGGGAGGAGGAGGCAGCGCAUCAGGCUUUGGCAUCCAAUGAGGAGGAUGCUACGGCUGGGAAACAAUUGAGGAUGUUUUUGUGA